AUGCCGGAACCCACCAAGAAGGAUGAAACUGAAAAUGAAAGUGCACCGCCACCUCCAGGGUACAGAUCCUCUCAAAACUAUCCUUGUACUUCCUACACAGAACAAACAGCACCACAGAACGGUGGAAACGACAAGGGUAAAGAUGAAGAUGACACCUCAGUUAGUACUCCACCAGCAGUGUGGUCUCUYGGAGAAGGAGCUCCAGAAGAGUCAGAAAAACGCGACGAUUCGCAGAGAUCCACUCUGUUCGUGGAGAAACCUCAGAGCGGGACGGUGAGCGUUGGUGGGAAUAUCACAUUCAUAGCCAAAGUGGAAGCCAAAGACCUCCUCCGRAAGCCAAAUGUCAAGUGGUUCAAAGGGAAAUGGAUGGAUCUGGCCAGCAAAGCAGGGAAGCACCUGCAGCUGAAGGAAUCCUUCGAGCGCCACACCAAGAUUCACACAUUUGAGAUGCACAUCAUCAAAGCUAAAGAAAAUUAUGCAGGGAACUAUCGCUGUGAAGUAUCCUAUAAGGACAAAUUUGAUAGCUGCUCUUUUGACCUUGAAGUCACUGAAUCUUCCCAGGCUGCUCCAUCCAUUGACAUCAGAUCUGCWUUCAAAAGAAGCGGUGAAGGACAAGAGGAUGCAGGAGAACUUGACUUUAGUGGUCUCCUGAAACGUAGGGAGGUGAAACAACAAGAGGAAGAGCCCGAGGUGGACGUGUGGGAUCUGCUGAAGAACGCCAACCCCAGCGAGUACGAGAAGAUCGCGUUCCAGUACGGCAUCACCGACCUCAGGGGGAUGCUCAAGCGGCUCAAGAGGAUGCGCAGGGAGGUGAAGAAGAGUGCAGCUUUUGCCAAAGGCCUCGAUCCUGCCUACCAGGUGGACAAAGGAGGUAAAGUAAGAUUCAUGGUGGAGYUAGCAGAUCCAACAGUGGAACUCAAGUGGUACAAAAAUGGCCAGGAAAUACGACCAAGUGCAAAAUACAUUUUUGAGCACAAGGGAAACCAGAGAAUUUUAUUCAUCAACAACUGCACGAUGGCUGACGAUGCUCGCUAUUACGUGACAGCUGGUGAUGAGAAGUGCUCCACAGAACUGUUUGUGAGAGAUCCCCCGAUUUUGGUGACCAAAGGCCUGGAGGACACCAGUACCUAUGUGGGUGAACGAGUAGAGCUGAGCUGUGAAGUGUCUGAGGAUGAUGCAAACGUGAAAUGGUUUAGAAACGGCGUGGAACUUUCUGAYGAUCCCAAAUCGCGGUAUAGAAUUAAGGUCGAGGGUAAAAAACACACUUUGAUCAUAGAGGAAGCUGCAAAAAAUGACACUGCCACUUACUCAGUAAUGACAACUGGAGGGCAGUCAGAAGCCAAGCUGGCAGUGGACUUGAGACCAUUGAAGAUAUCCCUUGCACUGGAAGACCAGACAGUGAGGCUGGGCCAGGAAAUCCACUUGAAGUGUGAGAUAUCUGAGAAUGUGGAAGGGAAAUGGUACAAAAACGGGCAGCUGAUUGAAGCCAGCGACCGUGUAAAGCUCUAUCACAAAGGAAGAAUCCACAGAUUUGUUAUCCCAGUUUCUGCUGUUGAUGAUGAGGGUGAAUACAUGUUUGUGCCAGAUGCCUACAACAUUAAUAUUCCAUGCAAAGUACAUAUUGUGGAUCCUCCUAAACUUCACCUGGAUGGUCUUGGGGAAAACAACACUGUGACAGUAGUGGCAGGAAACAAACUUCGCCUCGAGAUCCCCAUCACUGGUGAACCAACCCCAAAAGUCUUUUGGAGUAGAGGGGACAAGAUGGUCACAGACAGUGGGAGGAUUCGGGCAGAGACCUACCCAGACAGCAGCUGCCUGGUCAUCGAUGCUGCAGAAAGAGAGGAUUCGGGGCCUUUCAGAAUAACCCUAAAGAACGAGGCCGGCGAGGACACAGCUCUGAUCAACAUCAAAGUGGUUGAUGUUCCUGAUCCUCCCCAGGCACCAAAUGUGACUGAGGUGGGUGAAGAUUGGUGUAUUAUGACCUGGGAACCCCCAGCAAAUGAUGGUGGAUCACCCAUUUUAGGGUAUUUCAUCGAGAGGAAAAAGAAACAAAGCUCCAGGUGGAUGAGGCUGAAUUUCGAACUGUGUAAGGAAACGACUUUUGAGCCAAAGAAAAUGAUUGAAGGUGUUGCUUAUGAGGUCCGAGUGUUUGCUGUCAAUGCCAUCGGCAUGUCCAAGCCAAGCAUGCCUUCCAAGUCCUUUGUUCCUCUAGCUGUCACCAGCCCCCCAACGCUGCUGGCAGUGGACAGUGUGACCGACACCUCGGUGACAAUGAAGUGGAGGCCACCAGACCAGAUCGGGGCGGCCGGGCUGGACGGUUACGUGGUGGAAUAUUGCUUCGAAGGAAGUAUCAGGUGUUCUGGCUGUCAGGCAGAGACUAAUGAGGCAGAAAACCUCAAGCAGCAGGGUUUUGUUCAGGCUUCCUCUGAUGGAUUCUCUCAAGGUAUAUCGACAGAUCUGUCUGAGGAGUUGGGGGAGCCACCUUUUAACCUGGAAGCUGAUGAAUGGAUCGUGGCCAACCCGGAGCUGACAGACAAAACCAAGUUCACCAUCAACGGGCUCCCAACGGGYUCCAAAAUCCUCGUGAGAGUCAAAGCCGUGAAUGCUGCCGGGGAAAGCGAGCCCAAAUACCACCCACAGCCUAUUUUAGUCAAGGAAGUGAUAGAACCUCCAAAGAUCCGUCUACCAAGACACUUAAAGCAAACCUACACUCGAAGAGUUGGAGAAACUGUGAACCUUGUUAUUCCUUUCCAGGGAAAACCAAGAGCAAAAGUGUCGUGGCAGAAGAACGGUUCCCCCAUCGACAAGAACGAGAUCAACAUCCGCAACACGGAGAACGACACCAUCAUCUUCAUCAGAAAGGCAGAGCGGGGCCACUCCGGGGAGUACGACAUGAAGGUGGAGGUGGAGAACCUGGUGGACAAAGCCACGAUAGAUAUUCAGAUUGUGGAUCGCCCAGGCCCACCUGAGGUUGUAACUAUUGAGGAUGUCUGGGGAGAGAACGUAAAUUUAUCGUGGAAGCCACCAAAAGAUGAUGGGAAUGCUGCCAUUACUGGGUACACUAUUCAGAAAGCAGACAAAAAGAGUAUGGAAUGGUUCACCGUGAUCGAGCACUACCACCGCACCAGUGCCACCAUCAACGAGUUGGUCAUUGGCAACGAGUAUUACUUCAGGGUGUUUGCUGAGAACAUGUGCGGCCUSAGCGAGGACGCCACCAUGACCAAGGAGAGCGCUCUCAUCGCCAAGGAUGGCAAAGUGUACAAAUACCCGGUUUACGACGACUUUGACUUCAGCGAGCGGCCGCUGUUCACGCAGCCCCUGGUGAACACGUUCGCCGUGGCCGGGUACAACGCCACCCUCAACUGCAGCGUCAGGGGCAACCCCAAGCCCAAAAUAACCUGGAUGAAAAACAAAGUCCUCAUCAUGAACGACCCGAGGUACCGAAUGUUCAGCAACCAAGGCGUGUGCACCCUGGAGAUCCGCAAGCCCAGCCCCUACGACGGAGGCACCUACACCUGCAGAGCGGUCAACGAGCUGGGAGAGGCAGAAGUGGACUGCAAACUGGAAGUGAGAGUGAUCUAUCACGGAGUAAUUAACCCGGGAGAACCACUCAGCUUGGCGGGGGAUAAUCAGUUACACAGUGGGCUUUCGUUCUUCAGACUAUUAAUGGAUGGAGUGCCUCCGCAUAUCAUUGACUCGUACAUGCGAGAAGUGCAGGCAGACAAAACUGAAGGGAAGUGAGAGUCCGUCCACAGUGCUCCCUCCCACUGCACGGGAAGCUGCUAGCAGAAUAACAGCAUUUUAGUUCUUGCAAUGACAGAAAAACACGUGCCGUGGGGGAUUUUAUCACUUKUUUCCCUUUUUYC